AUGACGGAGUCAGCUGAAGCUGUAGCAGCCGAUGUGAACAGCAAGAGAAGCGUUACCAUUGAAAUUGUAAAUGUCACUACCAACUACUGCCUCAUCAACCCCAGGGUGUACCUUGAGAAUGGGGAGACAUACAACCCACCUCAACCCACAGUGCGCCCACUAAAGGCUGAGGUCUGCACUUUCACCAAGUCCAGCGGCAAAGCAACCGGCAGCAUUGGUGUGCUGACCUACGACCUUUUCGAGAGAACUCAGAAUGACCACAUUGAGACUCUGGCCAUCAUGUUCUCAGUUCCAUGGGACUACAACCUGUACAAGAACUGGUUUUCAGUGGGUAUCUAUCAAAAGGGCCGUAACUGUGAUAAGGAUUUGUACAAAGAAAUGUACUACGAGAAGAACCAGCAGGAGCAUGGGUUUGUCAGGGAGGAAGCCAUUGGAUCAGGAAUCAAUUAUGUGGGAAACUACCUAGAUAUCAAGGCCACAAUGAGUCCCCUGGGCAAUGCCAUCAUGAAGGUAGAGGUGUGGGAUAAGCUUUUCACACCCCUGGGCCAGCAGGCUCACUAGAGACCCCUCCUAACCAGUAUUUCUGUCAUGUGUCCCAGCAGCAGAAUUCAUCCCUCCACCUCAAGCGUUUACUGUUUUAAAUACAGUCAACACACAUGAUUUAACAGUUGUGUUGUUGCUGACAUGUGUCUGUAUA